AGUGACCUAUCCUCAUUUCGGGACUGUCCUCAUGACCCUCCAUAAAAACCACUACUUGUCACCUUCAUAACUACUACUAUAAUGCAUAACUGUUGAAACAGAUGUGAUUAGAAUAUUUCUUCUAACAAAUAUAAGGAACAGCUGUAUAUAUUCGGAGCUCACUGGUCAAGACUGCCUAGGAUGGCGCCGAGUGGCCGCCAGCUGGACUCUGUGUGAAAAUGGAAGGGAUUCUAUUUAAGUGGACCAAUUACUGGAAUGGAUGGCAGCCAAGGUGGUUUGUACUGGACAAGGGUGUUCUGGCAUAUUACAAAUCACAGGAGGAGGUCAAUCAGGGCAGUAAGGGAUCAGUUAAACUCUCAGCGUGUGAAAUCCUUGUCCAUCCAACCGAUACCCUAAGAGUUGAUAUUGUAAUUCCAUAUGAGCAGCACUUUUACCUCAAGGCACCGUCUUCACAUGAACGGCAUGCCUGGCUUGUGGCCCUCGGCAGUGCUAAAGCAGGUAUACCACCAGCAAUACCUCAACCAAAAGUGGAGAAAGAGCCAGAAGCAGACGAAGUUAAAACCAAAAAGUCUGAACUUCGGCUGACCUGUGACCUCCUCAUGAAGCAAGUGUACAAUGUCAAGACUGCUGCAAAUAACCCUGAUGGACCAGAUCUAGAGAAACUUGAUGAAUCCACGACACUCUUGUCAGCCACAUGUGACACCUUCAUCCAGACACUGGAGGAAUGCAUGAAGCUGUCCAACACAUCCCAAACACCUCAGCUCUCUGGAGAGACCCUGCUUGCCCCCAUCACCCUCAUCAAGGUGUGGCCGAGAGGAAAACCUCCAGCAGUACCACACCAAUCGGGACACGGCAGAAUUCUACAGAAAGGAGAACAGAGUAGUUAACCCAAUGGUCACUGUUUCAAGGUAGUGUAUAAUGUUUUGUAUCAUUAUCCAUUUUUCUGAUGGAAAUUGUCUGUCCUGUUGAGAAGUAUGCAGCUUCCUACUUGAUAUACUACUUAUCUUUUGUAAACUUUAAACUAAAGAUAUGUAAAAUAGUGUACUAUGUAUGCUUAUUUACAAAGAGGUAGGUUACAGUUAAUACUAGAUCAAAUUUUCCCAAGUCUGUAUCAUUGUAUAUCUACAAAAAUGGAUCAAAUGAAAAUGUCACUAAUGGUGGGGGUCUUUUACUAGUCUCAGAUAAUGUAAGGCAGAUUAAGUGUAAGUUCAAGUUCAGAAUUUGUAAUUUGGUAUCAUAUUUAUUACACUAAUGAAAGUAUAUUGAUGCAGUAUUCUGUUUGUAUUUAUAUAGUGUAUAUUUGCUGAGAUAUGUUGAUAAGCCGAUAUUUAUUUAGGGUCGUAAAAUACUGAGCAUGAAUAUAUAUAUAU